GGGCCGCGACCUGGCACUCGCCUGGAGCGCGCGGGCGAGGCGGACGGAGGGCGCCCGGGCUCUAAGGAGCGCACAAGGGUGCGCUAGCUGCGCUCGGCUCCGCGCCGAGGUCUGAGUGAGCGUCCCGGGCUGGGGCUGGGUGGAAAGCGGCUGCGGCUCUUAAGCACAGUCGGGCUCCCUGCCGUAGCCCGAGCCGGAACCGGGACGCCUCCUGGCCAUGGCUCUGGCGGACAGCACGCGAGGACUACCGAACGGGGGAGGCGGCGGAGGCGGCAGCGGCUCCUCGUCGUCUUCCGCCGAGCCGCCCCUCUUCCCCGAUAUCGUGGAGCUGAACGUGGGGGGCCAGGUGUAUGUGACCCGGCGCUGUACUGUGGUGUCGGUGCCGGACUCGCUGCUCUGGCGAAUGUUCACGCAGCAGCAGCCGCAGGAGCUGGCCCGGGACAGCAAAGGCCGCUUCUUUCUGGACCGGGACGGCUUCCUCUUCCGCUACAUCCUGGAUUACCUGCGGGACUUGCAGCUGGUGCUGCCCGAUUACUUCCCUGAACGCAGCCGGCUGCAGCGAGAGGCCGAGUACUUUGAGCUGCCGGAGCUCGUGCGUCGCCUCGGCGCGCCUCAGCAGCCCGGCCCGGGGCCGCCGCCGCCACAUUCACGGCGCGGCGUGCACAAGGAGGGCUCCCUAGGCGAUGAGCUGGUGGCUCUGGGCUACGCGGAGCCCGAGCAGCAGGAGGGCGCGUCGGCCGGGGCACCGUCGCCCACUCUGGAGCCGGGCAGCCGCAGCCCGUCCGGGGGCGCGGCGGGCCCGCUGCUCACGCCGUCCCAGUCGCUGGACGGCAGCCGGCGCUCGGGCUACAUCACCAUCGGCUACCGCGGCUCCUAUACCAUCGGUCGGGACGCACAGGCGGACGCCAAGUUCCGGCGGGUGGCGCGCAUCACCGUGUGCGGCAAGACAUCGCUGGCCAAGGAGGUGUUCGGGGACACCCUGAACGAGAGCCGGGAUCCUGACCGGCCACCGGAACGCUACACGUCGCGUUAUUACCUCAAGUUCAACUUCCUGGAGCAGGCCUUUGACAAGCUGUCCGAGUCGGGCUUCCACAUGGUAGCCUGCAGCUCCACGGGCACCUGCGCCUUUGCCGGCAGCACCGACCAGAGCGAGGACAAGAUCUGGACCAGCUACACCGAGUACGUCUUCUGCAGGGAGUGAGCUCCCAGGACGCCUCGCGACUCCGACGACGUUUGCCCCUAUUCCUAGCCAGGAUACGAUUAGGAACACCCCCUUCCUCCCGGACCAAAGCCCUCAGACUCUCCCCUCGGCCCCGCAGUUUCCUUGUCUCCCGUCCCGUGCCUGGCCCAGACCCUUCCACUGCCCUCGCCACCCACUCCAGAAUUUGUGGCUGAAAAUCCAUCCUCUGGGCUGCUUCGUUUUUGGAUUCCUCUAGCAGAGGGGGCCCCGGGACACUCCACGCCCCCACCCAUCCCGUGCUUCCUUUCUCGCUGCCUCACACCACCCCUCCCCCAGCUUGUACUUCCCUCUGGAUCCAGCUGGGCCCCAAGUCGCUGUGCACCUGGGAGUGGCCGAAGUCAAGUUCGGAAGCUGAUUGGACCAUGUCCACUGGGUCGUGGAGCCCUUGAGAUCUCCCGGAUCCCUUGGGACUCCUGUGCGGUGUAAGGGAUCCGACUGGGUUAACAGUGCCCCAGGGUAGAAUUGCUUUUUUUUUUUUAAGAGGUUACUGCGGUGUCUGACCCUCUUAGAGGUGAACUCAGCUGGAUUGCAGAGAGGUACUUCAGGGACUGUCAGUGAAGUUUGCAAAAGUCCCAGGUAGCUUGCUCCACGUUGAAGGUCCUUCCUGUUCCUAGCCCAAUGCAGGGUCUUGACACUUCGCAGAGCGUGGACCCUUCCGCCUGCAGAGGAGGCGCCCCUUUAUUACAAGAGCCCCCCCUCCCCCUCCCCUGGCUAGGCAGUGCAUAGGGGCAAGAGGGAGGGAGGGAAUGAGGGUGGUGGGAUGUCACUGCCUAAGAAGCAGAACUGUCCUGGCCAUGUCGGUGACCACGAAGGAGGCUGGGCAGAGGGCUCUGCUUCUGGGCUUUAGGAGAGUUGUUCUUGCGGUGAGUGGUAGUUAGCACCUUUCUUCGCUCUAGAAUUUUUUGGGUGGGGUGGGGAGGUAGGAGAGAGGGUGGGAAGGGAGGAACAGGUGUAAACUCAUGUAUUAUUUGAUGGUUGGGAGUUUUUCCAUUCUGUUGAAUAGAUGCACGUUUGGAAAUACUGAAUGGUAAAUGCAAAUACUCAAAGCAUUUUUUUGUUUUGUUUUUGGUAAAGAAUAGCGAUGGAUCUACUCUUAACUAGCAGUUUAUUCAUCUGUUUUGAGUCCUAAAUUAGAAUUUGUGAAUAGUUAUACAACCUAACCAAAGAGUUGCCCAGUAGGGUUUUAGUUUUUCAACUUUUCUUUCCUUGUGAUUAUAAAUCUCAGUUUUUAGAAUAUUUACUUGAGCAAAGUAAGUUUGCUUUUUGGCUUUUUAGACUUAAGAGCUCAUGGAAAAAAAGAAGAAGAAGAAAUCCUUAUUUCCUUCAAUGCCUGUAGAUAUUGACUGCUGGGCAAACCUGAAACUUGCCACUUUCUGAGGCAGUUACUGUGAAGUUGGAGGGACAGAGCUGCCGGAAGGAUCAGCACCAGGUCUGCCCCUCUGCAGAUGGCUACAGUGAAGGCAGAUGCCUACUCCCAAGUGAGCUGAGCAAUAAAAUGAUGGUUUAGGUAAAAUGUAACAAGCAGGAAGAUAACUGGUUGCCUUACCCCCUUCCCUGCACAUGGAGUCAGUCGCCCAUGCAUAUCAUGUGUAUACCCGGAAGUGGAGGGGAGCCAGACCCCAUUCUGCCUCAGGCCCUGAAGCUGUCCUUUUGCUCUGUGACCACGGAGGAGCCUUUUGCUUGUUUCAGCACUUCCCCCCGCCCCCAGGUUUGUUUUUAGGGAUUUUGUAAGAGUCCUUUUCACUGUUUAGUGCUGUUUUUUUUAAUGACUCUUGUACUUUUCUUACUCUGUCCAUAACAGAUGUUCAAAUGGGAACAGCUUUAUUCUAAGACUCAUCUGUUCCAAUCUGUGUAUACCAUAUAUGAACAUUUUACAUGAAUCAUUUAGUUUUUCAAUUCAUUGACUAAUGUUAUCAAAUUUCCUACCCGCUAGUAACUUGCAGCAGAUAAGGUACACUCUAAAGAAACAGGUUUGAUGCAUUUGUCAUAUAUUCUUGUUCUUGGGGUCUUGGGAAAUUGUGUUAGGGAAAAAAACUGAUUGUAAAACGAAUCUUACAAUCUUUUUCUUUUGGUUGGCAUGUUAAUUGUAAACAGAUGCAGUGUUGAUUAGGUGUCUACUUAAAAAACAAAGUACCUGCAUUAUUAAUCCACUAGCUUUUUUUUUUUUUAUUGAGAAAGGGGAAGACUUGGUCUUUUUUUUUUUUUUAGAGUUCCAUUUUUAGCAAAGUUGUUUCCCACAAAAAACUGUAGUUUUGAGGGAAAUGGAAGCAGAAGCACAGAAAUCCAGGAACUGGUGUUUGGUCAUAUGCUGAGUUUAGUUUGCAGCUUGGGUAUGCCUCACAACUUCAUGUGUUUCAAGCCUGCGAUGAUUGAGAGUUGUCACUCCGGGGUCAGAGGUGAGCAACCCGGACUUGGCGCCAACACCCAUGGCAUUCUGUCGGAUUGAGAACAUUUUAGGGCAGAUUGAGUCCUCUAACAGAUGGCAUGACUUCAUCAUCCUGAAUUCCUCCAUGCUGACUGCACAUCACCAGGAGUCAGGGGAAGCUUCUCCUGUGUUGUCUGGGCCACCCAGGUCUGGAGGAUUUGCUCUCGGGAACGUUGAGUAAGACGAUUGCAAUUAGCUGUACACAGGCACUCCCACUGAGCUAGUGCUGUUCUGCACAGCUGUGUGGUUUACGUGGUUUUGAAGGCUGAGAAUUUGGUGAUUAUGGACAGCUAACUUCUCUUUCUGGGACUGACUGCUCCCUCUGAAGCCGAAGUUGUUAAAUGAAAGCUCUGUGGUUUUUGCCUGAAGUGAGGGCUAGGUAGGAACUCAUUUUUCAUUGGGAAUAUGGUAUCCCUGAGAUAAAAUGACUGGAGGUGAAAACUAUUGAAUGUCUUCCCAUCCAUGUGCUUAGGCUAUGAAGCCGACCUUGAGGUUUCAGUGUGGGUUGGGGUGCUGGUCAUUACCUGGGAGCUUGAAAAUGGGGUGCUGAGGGUUGACAUUUCAGUAACAGGAGAAUGUCAUCAGUUUGUCAGAUGGUUGUGACUACAUUCGUCUCAGAGUUAUGCCUUGACAGGUGUUGCUUCAGUUACUGUUUGACAUUCAGAAAUAUAAGAAUAUGACAUUGAACUUUUUAUAACAUUUGAUUUUUUAAUUAAAAAUAACAGGUUAAAAACAAGAGCUACCAUGUUGGACACUCUGUAUGUUUUAAUAUGUGUAGACUGUGGGCCUUGCUCUGAGUUUUCAAGUGUGUGAGUCUUGCAUUAUUUUCCCUCUGAAAUUGUGCUAAUUGUGAUUCUCAUUUUUUUUUUUUUUUUUGGAGGGGAAAGGGAUUGAGAGCAAAGCGAUAAUGUAAAAAGUAGCUACAAUUGUGUUCUCUUUCAAGUUAGGCACACACACACACACACAUACACACACACACACACAUCCUUAAGAUAGCUGCAGCUCUUCUGAGGAAAUACAUAAAGUGUGAAUAGACACAAUGGGCAACUAGCAGUGCUUGUCAAAUAUUCCAGUUUUUAUUGGGAUUUCCUACAUGCAAGGUGGAGCUUUGAUAAUUUUGUACUCUUCAAAUUAUAGUAAGUUAAAAUCAUACUCAAAUCACUUUUUGUACUCUUACAUGAACUAUGGUAAAUUAGAGCACAUUUAGGAAAAUAUUGGCUGGGGGGAUUGAAUUCCUUUUUUUUAAUAGUCUAGAUUGCAAAGAGUUCGUUGGCUUGAGUUUUUAAAAUAGUAAAUUGAGUAUUUUUAUUGUAUCAUAAUGGCAUCAAGUUAAUAGAAUCAACACUUUAUUUGGAUUUUCUUAUUUUUUCCCUUAGUAUAAAUCACUUAAAAACUUUUGUUACAUGCUGUAAGCCUGUCUCUUGAAUAGUAAGUAAAAUAUGCUUAUUUACAGUAUCUAUACUGCAUAAAAGGCUUUCUUAUAUUUAGAAACAGGUUAUGUUGAAGCUAACUUUUCUUUGUCACAGUUUUGGGCAAUAAAAAUCUAAAAGGGUGAACACUUAAGGAUUUAAAAUCUUUGCUGGGCUCUUGAAGUGCAGUAACAAUUCAACCAGAAUAUCUAUCUUAGAGUGUACUCUUGUGUGAUAGGAGGAUGCACUAGUUGACCAUGAAUUGUCACCUAUGUGUUUUGUGAUUUUUUUUUUUCAAGCCAAGUUUUAAAUUCUAAAUGUGUUUUGAGUAUGUGGACAUUAAUUGUAAUGAAAACUAUUACCAACUGUCUUUGUGACUUUAAAGGUAGGUAAAUUUGUUAUUGUUAUUGAAUUAAAAUGAUGGUCAUUUAUAAUCACUUCUGACCACCAUUAGUAACCAUUUACUGACAAAAGGUUACAACAUCCAACAUAGGUUACUCAUUUUGAAAAUGCAAAUUAUGAAUUUCUUCCAGGCAGCUAGCUAAAGGUGAGUCCUACAGAGCUGUCUGGCAUUCUGAAAUUGUUUAAAAAUAUUUAUGGGCCAUUUUCUUAAAUAGAAGGAAGAGGAAAAGAUUAUUCUAUGCUUAUUAGACUUUUCUAACAGAACAUGAGGAAAAAAAGCCUUUCUUUUUUUAAGAUGCUGAUGAAGUUAUUUCAGAUGUGCCCAAAUUUUGAGAGUUACUAAAGCCAUCCAGAGAUUUGUUUUUCCUGUUCACAACCUGUUGUAUACUGGAAGUACUAAAUACUGUUUCCUCUCUGUGAUUAUGUGACUUGUUAUGUAGUCUAUUAAACACUAAAGAAAUAAACAUUCACUCCUUUAA